UUUCACCCGAGCGGAUGUUAAUUGGUUUAUAUUGUAUAUGUAAGAUUAAAUUAUUGGGCCGUACACGGCGAGCCUGGAUAUGUAUGUGAUAUAUUGUGCAUGAGUGCAGAUAACUAGCGAGGGAUCACUCAGCCUCAGGCGCUAAGUGAGUCUUCUUUUAAAAUCUUUUACGAACUUUCAUGUAGAGAAGAUAAUUAUAUGUUCAAGUUUAUCAGCAGACAAAGCGUCACUGAUUUGAACUAAGUACGUAGUCUGAGCAACUUCAUAAGAAGCUAAAUUGUAGUCGAAACCUUGAUCAACUGUGCAAUGCCUUAUCUCUGUAGGAAUCCUUGGUGUCUGCUUAUCAUAUAAAUAAUUUUAUUUUAGCACGUCGAUAAAUCGGAUAUAUACACUUCAAUCAAAUAAGUAUCACCACAACAUAGCAGUACAAUAUGGGAGGCGCUCAGUCACAGCACUUUGUGCGGGUGAGCGAUGAUAUGGAUCCGCUGGAGUUCAUGUCUAUGGUCUUCAACAGCGAGGAUCUUGGGACAGCAAAACUAUCUUAUCACGAAGUAUCGGAACCUGAGCACAAUGCCACACUGAUUAUGCACCCCGACAUGGUCUACCAAGCGAGAUGGAAAUACCGAGUCAACUCAAGUCGUAUCACUAUGCUCCGGAUGGUUGUGGCUGUCAAAGACUUCAACGACCCGACGGACAAGCGAGGGGUCUCAGACAUUCCAAAGCCGGUCAAUGGAAAAGUACCGUUUUCUGAGUUUGGAGAUACGGUACUACAUUUUUUGACCGACUUUCCGAUUGGACCGGAGGAGAAACAACCCGUGCCAUACGAUAUUAGUGUUUGGACAAAGUUUGCACCCAAGGCCUAUGGACCAGAAACCCGUGUGGCUGCUUGGUUCUAUUUGUGCGACCAAGCUGAUAACGUGCUGAUCUACUACACGCACGAUCGAGUAGUUAGCGUGACGUACGGCGUCAUCAAUAAGCCUCCCUUCUCCGUACCCCUAAUACAAGCACCCGACAUCACAUCCCGCUCGCGGAAACAUGUGGAGCAUUGUUCUCCAGGUCUUUUCCAUACAGUCUCGUCCAACGCACUUAAUCUCUUUAAAGGU